AGCAACGAACCCAGCGAACUCCGAAAACGAAUUGGAUAAUUUCUUUGCCAAACAACGCAGAAUUUGGCGGAUCUCCAGAGUUUGCACAAGCCAUUUCUACGAACGACAAGCGGCCAGGCGGCGCUGAAUACGAAAGUAUCUCGCAACCAGUAAGGGAGAUACAAUCGGCCAGCGGCGAGUGGCUGAAGGACGCCUAUGCCCUGGGAUCCUGCAGUGCCGUCGACCACCUGACCACCAGCGACGUCCUGAGGAAGAGCAUCCGGCGUUCUUGGACCAUAUCGAAUCCCGAGGACGAUCCGAACAAUCCGAACUCACAACAGCCGGUGGCGGACAACCUGUAUCCGCAGCAGCAGCAUCUGAUUGAGGCGCAGUCCGCGGGCAGCUACCCCACCCUGCACCAGCACCACCAGCAGCAUCACCUGCCACCGCAGCCGCGGCCCACGCACGGCAUCAAUUACGGAAGUGGCACGGCCACGCCCACGACCAGCAGCAAGUGGCAGCUGGGACGGAGGGUCCUGCGUCAGUCGACGCUGCCGAGUAGCCUGAACAACGACCCGGCGCUCAGCGGCAGUGGCGGCAAUCUGGCCAACUACAAUUCCGUGAAUCUAACGGCGCCCACAUCGCCGCAUCAGCUGCAGAAGAGUCCGCUCUAUCCGAGCGCCUACAACAGCGACGACGUCAUCCACAUGAACACCAUGCCCGGAAUGGGAGUGGGUGUGGGUGUUGGUGUUGGUGUGACGGUGGGUGACUGCGACAACUACGCGCAGCAGCCGCAGCCGCAGCAACCCCAACUGGAGGUCACACCCACGCAUCAUCGGCUCCAGGUGCGCCGCCAAUCCACGCUGCCAGCUCAGCCAACUCCGGCUAUAUAUAUGUCCACAUCCCCGAACCGGCUGUACAGUCGCUCCCCGGAAAGAUCGCCGGGUGAGCAGCAACGCUAUCCGCCCUUCAUGAGGCAGACCUCGUUCCCCGAACCGCCCAGCACUUAUCAUCGCACCAAGUUGCUGCCCAGCACGGGAGCACCGCCGCCGACAGUGGCUCCACCACCCCUGAAUUAUGAAUCACAAGCGUCCAGCCUGGCCAGCGACGAGCAGGAUGUGGGACCCAUGCCUAAGCCGAGAAUGACCCGGCAGGCAACACUACCAAAUCCCGAGCAGCAUGUCAAGCUACUGCCCACAUCUCCGCCAAAGCGACAGACUUCCCCGCAAUUCCGACGUUCGCCGGAAUUCAUGCGUCAGCAAACGCUGCCAAAUCCGGAAGCCUUCAGCAGUGGAAACACACUCACAGUGCACGCUACUCCUCCUGCAAAAUUCAUGCCCAUUUCGCCGAGGGCCAAACAGAAUUUCCUCUUCCCCAGUGUUCCGAAUCCCCGGCAAUUUCUCUCCCAGCCCCAUGUGCCCGCCGUGGGUGGCAUCGAGCUGGGAAGCGGAGGCAGUGUGGCCAGCACCAGCGGCGUCGGCGGUGGUGAGCAGUACUCCAGUAGUCAGAGUGUGAACAUCCAUCACUCCCGUGAUCCGCAUUCCAAGAUGAUCAAGGUGCGCAGCCACAGCAACGAGGAGUACUCGAAUACCAAGGGCCAUCCGGAGAACAGAAGAUUGCUGCCGGAGAUCCCAACGGCUGUGCAGCGGCCUGGUGGCCGAUCACCCAGUCGCCUGGUGCGCCAGGAUUGCCUGAAGGAGGAGAGAACCUUCGGCGAGGCUAAGCAGCAGUUCCAUCAGUUUCCCGAUGUCACCGAGGAGCUGGAUAAUCGCCCGGAAUACGUGGAUUACUUUGGCGACAGUGCCACCAGUUUCCUGGAGUCCGACGAGGUGCAGUACGAGCGCAACUAUAAUGCCGGAUUCAGCAGUGAGCCGCGUAUCAUCUACAACAAUGGCUCGGAUGAUGGAAGCUACCAGAACUCAUCUCAGAGACCGAUUUACAGUGCCGAGAAUGUCCUGGCUGAUUCGGGCUAUGGGGGAGGAGCCGGCGUGGGACUGGGUGCCAGUGGCGGUUCCGGUGGUGUGCCCGGCUACUAUCCCGACAUGGGCACUCCACAGGGCUUCUAUGGCGGAGCAGCUCUGCCGCGUACUCCUCUAAUGCACAAUCGCCUCCGGCGGCGGCAAUCCAGGGAACUGCAGAUGCAGCAGGAGGAGCUGGCCCAGCUCUCACAGGUCUCGGAUGCGAGUGGCAAAGGUUCUGGCAAUGAAGGUGCAUCCAGCAGCGGAGGUGCCUCCGAUAGCCAUGCUGCCGAGAGACGAAAGCCCGAGCAGAUGCGCUCCGUUUCCGAGGAUUCUGGAGCGAAGACCACACCCAAGCCCGUCACACGUCGCUCCUUCUCGCAUCCCGAAAAGGACACUCAGCCCACCAAGAAAGCUGAGAUAUCGAAAAUACCCAGCCCUCGUCCUCUGGCCGACAUCCUGGACAAGACGCGAGGCAACUCAAAGAUCCCGCAGGCGAGGCGCCGCAACAGCCGCACAGGAAUCGGCGAGGCUGAGGAGGUAGCAUCCACAGGGCAGGAGGAGGAGAAGCCCCCAGGGGAAUCCGGCCAAGGAUCCGGAGCGGAGCAGCCGGUCAAUGGCAAGUCCCUCGAGUCCUCGGCCAACAAGGAGGGCGGCGAUCCAAGCAGCUCGGCGGAUGCCACCCACACCAGCACUUUGGGCGAGCAGGAGCUGCAGAAUGCAGUGGAGGCCGCGGCGGUUGUCUUCAAGAAGGUCGUGCUGCAACGUCGCAAGGAGAAGGAGAAGGCCGCCGAAGAAGGCACGGGGCAGCAGCAGCUGUCCGUGGCUUCCGUUGAUAUCGGUGGACUUGGAGGUGGGGGCGAUGCCAUGGAAACCUCGUCGUCAUCGGAGCUAGACUUCAGGUGUUCCACUCAGCAUGGACGCCAGCAGCAGCAGUCGCAAUAUAGCGUUGAAGCGGACGAGUUCAAGCUCGUCUUUCUCAACUCGGAUUCAUCAUCGUCCUGUCACGGCGAAGAGGAGGAAGAGGAGGAGGAGGAGGAGGAGGACGGGGAUGAGGAUGACACGGACUCGUCCUGCUCCACGCACCACUGUCACAGCAUUGUGAGCAAUGUGGAGGACUGCGAUUGGGAUUACUUUGAGCCCUCCAUGAUCUCCACGACCACCACCACGACAACUACCAUGAUUGCCUAUACCACGGCCCGAGCCACGCCCACUCCACCGCCGCGCGUGAGGCGUCAGUCGAGCGACAGCGAUUCUCCCCAGGUGCAAAGACGACCCCAGCAGCCCAGGAGCAGCUAUUGUCCCAGGAUCAGAGAGAGCGACACCGGCACCGAUGAGGAGUUUGUGCUGAACACCGAAAGCAGCUCGCAGACCAGCUCCGAUCAAACACCACCACCGGUGCCACCACCCCCGCAUCCGCUCAGCAUGAAGACCCGGAUCAAGACGCGUUUCCUGAAGAAUCACCACCACCACAGCCACAACCGAUGCAACUGCAAUCCCGGCCAGCAGCAGCAGCAGCCGCAACCGCAGUAUGUGCCCAUUCCCGUGCCGGUGCCCAUACCAGUGCCCAUGGCCGCCUAUCCCAACUGGCCGGAGGUGUCGCCCAAUCCACUCCUGGAACAGGACGAGCAGCUGGCCGCCAGUCUGCAGCAGCUAUGGAAGGCGGCCGGUCACCAACAACAAUUUGCCGCCAUAGUUGCCGCCUACUCACAGCAGUUUGCCGCGGCCAGUGGCAACAUGUUCGAUGCAACGCCGCCGGUGACCAGCAAGAGCUACCAACAACUGCCCACCACUCCGCCGCCGAUGCCGCAGCGCUUGCGCGGACUGGGUGGCUUCAAGUCCUCGGCGCCGGAGCUGAGUGCCUCGCUGGGAUCACUGAUGACGCAGUCCCUCUGCUCCACCAUAUCCUCCUCGUCGUCGUCGAGCACCUCGGGCUAUGGGACGGCGGGCAGGAGCCUGGAAACGCUGGCCCCUCCAAUGCGAGCUGCCAACUCGAUGCAGCAGCAGCACCAGCAGCAGCAGCAGCAAUACCAAGAGCAACAUCAACAAAUGGCCAGCAGUGCUUUCAAGCCAAAGCCAACAAGUUUAGUAGCUUCGCGUUCGCCGACGGGUGAGCAACCAGAAACGAGCAACGCGCGUCGCGGCAGCAGCAACAGUGAGAGCGACGACAACAGCAGCAACACCAAGAGCAACAGCAACAACGCAACGCCCACAACGGGCAGAUUGUGUAAUGUUUAUGAUAAAACCGGCACAGUGCCAGUGCCAGUGCUAGUGCCAGUGUCCCAGUGCGUUCAGGCACAUGUUGCCAGUGGUGUAGAUAAGAGUGCCGCGACAGCAGCAGCAAUAUCAACAAAAGCGGCGGCACCAGCAGCGGCAGCAACAACAACACCAGCGACAUCCACAAAGGGAACCGCUCUGCCGAGAGUGGCCAGCAAAUACCAGAGCCGAAAUCUAUGCGAAACCCAGCUAGCAGCGGCAACAACACAAACCUACCUGGCCAGUAAAAACAGCCACGAAGAAGUGGAAGCAGCAGACGAAACGAAUAUACAUAAAAAUCAAGUACCAGCCGCAGCAGCAGCAGCGGCAGCAACAGCAACAUCACAAAUACAAACAGCAACUAGAGCUGCGGCUCCUGCGAUAAUAACUCGUUUCGGCGGACUUGCAGUCGAAAAUGCUGUUGGAAAUGUGGCUGAAAGUGCCAGUGCCAGUGCCAGUUCCAUUCCCAUUCCGAAGCCCAAACCCAGAGCCCAGCAGCACCCAGAGCAGAUAGAUCAGCGGCGAGCGACGGCGGAGACUGCCAAGAAUUUGUCCUCCAAUCGACUUAUAGAGAACCACAGCAAGAUGUCCGAUGAGGCAUCACCAUCGACGGCGGCCCAUCUGCUGAGCGAGAGCUAUGCGGCCAGUAGUCCCGACGAGGCCAGCAGCAACAGCAGUCAGGAUGGGGAUCAGGAGAGAGAGGAUCGAGAGGUAAUGGAGGAGGAGCAGGCGGAACAGGCGGAGCAAAAGCCCCGUAGAACCACGCAGAGAAGCUACAAUGUGGCGGGAAUGAUGGAGGAGCAGCAACUAGGGGCGGUGGAUGCGGUGGACGCAGUGGAGCAACGCCACCACAGCACGACCAGCGAGUCCAGCUCCAGCAGCAGCUCCAACUCCAGCUCCAGCUCGGAAUCCUGUGACUCCGACGAUACGGGAACUGUGCGCGAUCGCAGGCCCAAGAGGAGGAGGUUCAACAAGGUGUUCGUGGUGAAUCGCCAGCCCGGUGGCCGGGUGAGACGUAGUUCCUCCACCGAGGGGGAUUCUCUGUCUUCAUCGGACGCCAAUUUGGAUGAUUCCUCCGACAAUGAUACAGACACCGAGCGCACGGAUUGUGGCAUUGUGCUCAACUAUGUUAAACCUCUAGAGGAGGAACCCAAGAAAGCGGAGGAGGCGCCGCCAGCUGCACGUGAUUGCCAAUCAAGUGACGAAGACAACAUUAACAAUGAUGAUGAUGAUGAUGAUGAAAGUGAACGCCGUGUUGCCAACUCAAGCGAUGAGCUGGCCAACUGCAUUGUAGUGGUGGGCGGGCAGACGGACGACGCCGCCGCCGGCGUGGUGCUGCACCACAUGCGAUCGCUGCCAGACGUCGAGUUCGAUGGGGAGCAAUCAGAGCGCCGCCAAGCGCAGGCGAUAGACGCCAGCGAUGCCCUCGCCGCCUGCGAUGAGCUGCACAGCAUCUCCAACGAUGUCAAUCGAUUGCUGGCGCUGCACAAGCAGAACUCCCAGCUGGAGCUGAAGCUCCAGCGCUUGCGCCAGGGAGUGGCCGAAAUCAAUGAGGAUCUGCAGCUGACCACCACGGGCACGGGCACGGGCACUGAUGUGGCUGCCACCCACUGCACAACGCAGCCAGGUAGUGCCGGGAAACCCGACGAAUGCAACAGCCCUGCUUCUCGGAAAAGCCCCUCGACCGUGCUAAAUUCUAAUGACGCUGGCCCGCGGGGUCUCACCUGCUUACGGCAGGUAGAAGCAGAGGCAAAGGUAGAGACAGAGACAGAGGCAGAGGUAGUGGCAAACAACGCUGAUGGCAAAGUGCUGGAUGAGCUGAGUGGCCGAACAGCUGAGCAAACCGAGGAGAGGGUCGUCACAUGCAGCCAAGCAUGCAAAAUAAACGACAACAGUGACUACUCGCUGGAUUCACUCUCGGUAACUUCGGCAACUUCAGCGAGUUUGUUGGCACCUGAGCAGCCACUGCCUCUCUCGCUCCAGCAGGUAGAAGAGAGCGCUCGCUUACCUGUCUCCUCCGCUCGCGAGCAGCGAUAUCGCCGUGGAGCGAAUUGGGAGUCGGCGGAGUCGCCAGUCGAACAUGAAAUGUUAAACGUUGCGGUCGCUUCACGUGCUCCGCUCCUCGGCGGCAAUAACAACAACAGCAACAGCAACGAUAAUAGCAAUAACGAAAACACUAACAACAACGACAGCGAACUUGGCCAUAAUAAUAAUGACGCUUUCGCAGCACAAAAGACGAGAAAUAGCGGCUCGAGUGUUGUUGUCGGCCGCGGAAUUAGUGACGUAGUGAGUGUGAAUUCAAAUGUGAGCGGUGAAAACGAGUGUGACUUCGACAAAAUAUUCGGUAGUCAUCAGCAAAACACUCCAAGUGCAGCAGCAGCAGCAGCAACAUCAGCAACAACAGCUGCAGCAACAGCAGCAGCGACAACUGACACACCUGCAACAUCGGCCAGGGAACUGGCUUCGCCCAAAAAUUCACUUUCAGCCAAGUAUCGCAGUUUGGUCAUGAUCACCAAAGACAAUGAAAGUGCAGCUGGCGAUUACGAAAUGGCAAACAGCAGCAGCAGCCACAGCAGCAGCCACAGCAGCAACAACAGCAGCAACUUUAGCCACAACAGCAACAAAGGCCCGAACAGCAGCAACAACAGCCACUCUUUUGGCCAGAACUUUGCGGGUGACUCACUGCGCGCCAUGGAGCCAACGGAACUCGUGAGCAGCGAUCGCGAAGCGUACAGUGUGGACUCGCUAAACGAACCGCCCGCUGUGCCGGAACUCAGCGUGGAGGACGGUUUGGCUGACGACGACUCCUGGGUGGAGGAACUGAGUCAGCGGGGCGAGGAUGAGGACGAGGAUCUGAGCAACGCUACCACCACACCCACGGCCACAGACUCCGAGGAUGCGGAGGGAGAAAGUGAGGGAACCCGACGACAUGGCUACAUGGAUCGAGAGGAGGAGCUGAGGGGAUACAAUAGGUCCGCCAUCGACUUCACCCUGCACACCAUCGUCGAGGAGAGUUGCGAGGAGAGCGAGGUGGCCUCCAUGCGGGCGGACAACGAAGACGCCGAGCUGGAGGAUGAGGAUAUAGCCGAACGGAGGAGGCAGCGCACCCUGCAGCACCACCACCGACUAAGUGCCUCUGAGCUGGAGAAGUACUUCUUCUUCGGCCUGGGAGAUGGUCGAGUAAUGAGUUCCAUUGACACGCGCGGAGAUGACACUGCAUCCGAAGUGAGUUCCGAGUGCUCCGAGAGUCUUGACUCCCUGCCGCACGAGGAUCAGCUGUUGGAUACAAGUGGAGCUUCCGAUCUGGCCUCUUCCCGCCUGGAAAAGUACUUCCUCUCCGGCUUCAUGGGAUUCAGUGGUGCAGAGAAGCAGGCGGAGAGCGAUGAAAGUGGUGGUAGUGUAGGCAGCGACAGUGAAGGGCAGCCGAGUCCCAGUCAGCGGAGAAAGCGACUGGUUAGAGCCAGGGGAACACCAAGGAGUCACAACUCAUCGCUGGAUAACUUGCUCCUGCCAGAAUCAGACACUCUGGAUGCCACAGUUACGUCUGCGGGAGGAGCAGCUGCAGCCACUGUAGAGGACACCUCGGAAUCGGAGGCGGGCUGCGACGACACUGUGAUUCAUCUGGCCAAUGCCGGAGCUUCGGAUGGUUCCUCCUCGGACACCAUUAAGCGCAAGAAGCAACUGCGUAAGCGUCACGACUCCCUGGACGAAAAGAAGCUACACGAUUUGGAGCCUUCCGAGUGCCGGACACCCACGCCGGGCAGCAGUGGUCAGGUGCAGAUGCAGUCGCAGGCGAAGAAGCAACAACAGCAGCACCACCACAGCCGGGACAGUGGUUUCGUGGGCAGCAACGAUGAUCUCCUGAAGGCGGCGCCAGAUUGUGAGCCACCCAAGAGCCCAACGCCAGCUCUGGAGCAGAUCAGUGAGGAUCGGGAACCGGUCCACAGUCAGAUAAGUCUGGCCAAGAUGGAUCAGCCCAGCACUUCGGCAGCUGCGGCUGCGGUAGCGAGCACACUUUCCAGCCAACUGAAAAAUCUUGCCCUGCCCAAUCUGGUGCGAAAGGAUAGCUUCAACAACUGGAGCUCCGACGAGGAGACCAACCUGAUGAUGAGCAAGAUGCGGCAGUUCUUCAAGAACCUUAUUGUGGCCACCGCGAAUGCACAGCAGAGCAAGCCCACCACGCCCAAUCAAGGGCCGAGCACCACUAAUGCCAGCACCACUAAUGCCCCCAGUUCCCAGCGCAUAUUGGCCAAAUCCCGGCCAGCACAGUUGGCCUACUUCGAGAACGAGCUGACCCGACUGAUGAAGACCGUGCCGGGCAUCAAUGAUGAGCAGGUGCGCGAAAUAGUGGAGUACCUGAGCAGUGAGGACACAUGGUCUGAUUCCUACGAUUCCUCGGACUACACGAGCUCCGAUCUGGAGGGCGGUGAGCGGAAGGGCCAACUGAAGGCCCAGAUCUCCGCCAGCUGUCAGCAGAUCAUCAACAAGUUUGAGAUUGACGAGGAGGGUGAUCGUGGCGAUGGUGGACUGCUGGACGAGAGCCAAAGUGUGCCCAUGGAGGCACUGGUGUACCAGAAAUUGGUGGCUUCCUUCAGCAAGGUGGCGGCGGGUGGAGAGCCGGAAGCAGAAGCCACCAAAGCGGUGGAGGAAGCGGAGCCUUCCACGGAAAGAUCCCCGCAACUGUUCGCCAAGGUGAUGCAGCAUAUUGGUACCAGAUUGGUGGCCCUGAUGCACGAAGUGAGCAGUGGCAAUGAAACGCCCACUCCAUCGCCGCAAGGACAGCGGCACCAUCGAAGACUGCAGGCCAAGAUCUCGGCCACCACGACGGAGGAUGAGGAAGAUGAGGUGGAGGAGCAACUGAGAGCAAUGCCCAUCAAGCAGCUUAAGUUGCGCAGCAGAUCCCAUGAUCUCCUGCUGGACGGCACCACGCCGCACUCGCAUCACCUGCACCACCAGGCCACGGUGCACUACCCAACCGGCGGAGUGGGAUCGGGAGCGGGCGGAUCUGGCGGACCCGGACACUCGGACAACGCCGGGGAGGAGUGCGGCGUGGCCAGCGACUACGAGCGAUUCUCGUGGCGCGGCAGUUUUGAGUCGGCAUUACUGGCUAAUGGCGACAGCAGAACGAGGCUCAGCCAGCUGAGCCAACUGGACAGGGAUAACUCGUCGUCUGCGUCCGCUUUGGCUGUGGCAAAGCGCCGAUCGGCAGGCGACCUUCUCUUCAGCCAGCACCAGCAGAGCCUGAGCCGCGAGCAGCUGGACCGCGUUCGAUCCUGCGGCAGCAUUGGUGGCGGCGAUGCCCAUCACCACCAGUUGGAGUCGUCGCCGGCCAAGCCGUGGCUCUCCUCCGCGGGAUCUUCGAUUGGCGGUGAUUCCACAAAGGAUGUGCGGCGUUCCAGUGUGCCGGAUGCCAUUUACGAGACGGACUCCAGCGAUGAGGCAGCCCCGCAUCAGUUUGGCGGCGCCAGAUCCACGUUGCCGCGCAGCUUGAAUCCCAACCAGGUGGUGGCCAGCACGAACUCACUACCCCGCCUACCCACCACCGGUGUGGGUGCGCCCAUAACCAGCACACCCAAGACAAAGUCUCAGAGCGCCCUCAACCACACGCCCUCCAACUUGUCCACCGUUUCGGCCACUGGCAGUGCCAAGAGUGCGAGAUACCGCUCGCCAGGAUUGGCGGCACGAGCGGCGGCCGUCAGUGGGGCAGGAGGUGGCUCAAGUGGUGGCGUUGGUGGUGCAGCUGGUGGUGUGGGAGCCAGCGGUGGUUCCACGGGCAAGAAACUAGGCGCGGGCUUCCAGUUCCUCUACUCCAAACGCGAUGCGCGCAAACGUCUCAACAUGUCAGCUGAGGAAGCCAAAGUGGCCGCCGAAGAACUGUCACGAUCGCCGGUAAUUGGACAACGGCAGGCAGAUGGAUCGGGCAGCCCCAUCCAGUCGCGUGCCUCCAGCGAAACGUGGCCCACUCAGUCGGAUGAGGACAUCGAUCGCCUGGUGGCCAUGCAUCAGAACCGCAGCAGUCUCAGCUCGCUGGGGGUUCGAUCGGAAUCCAUGGCCAGCGUCUAUUCGGGCGCCGGAGAAGGUCGCUAUGGCACCGUGGUGGUCAAGGGUCAAGUGGAGUUCGCCAUGCAGUACAACUACAAGCUGAGUGCUUUGGAAGUCCAUGUGGUGCGCUGCAAGGACUUGGCCGCCGUUGAUGCCAAACGCAAUCGCAGUGAUCCCUAUGUGAAGGUUUAUCUACUGCCCGACAAAUCGAAGGCUGGCAAGCGCAAAACCAAAGUCAAGAAGCACACGCUGAAUCCCAUCUUCGACGAGACGAUGCGCUUCCACACACCCAUUUCCAGCUUGGAGUCACGAACAUUGUGGCUCACCGUCUGGCACUCGGAUAUGUUUGGGCGUAAUGACUUCCUGGGCGAAGUCAGUGUCAAUUUGCAGGGUCGCCUCUUCGACAAUCCCCAGUCGCAGUGGUACCUCCUCCAAGAACGCAGCGAACCCUUCGACGAGGUGGCCACCUACCGGGGUGACAUAGUAGUGGGCCUGAAGUACAUUCCCCCGGAGAACAUCAAAUCCUCGUUCUUCUCGCGCGGCUCCUCUAUAACAGGCAGCUCCUCCAAUUUGCGCAAAUUUGGAGGCAGCAUCAAGUCGGUGGCCUCCAAAUCAGACCGCACUUCAAAGGGCGGCCAGCUGCAUGUGCUGGUCAAGGAGGCCAAGCACCUGAGUCCCAUCAAGGCAAACGGCACCUGCGACGCCUUCUGCAAGAGUUAUUUGUUGCCCGAUCGCACGAGGAGCUCCAAGCAAAAGACGCCGGUAGUGAAGCGCACCCUGCACCCCAGCUGGAACUACACAUUUGUUUACGAGGACGUUUCCUUGGAGGAACUGUCAGAACGCGCCUUGGAGCUAACCGUCUGGGAUCACGAUCGUCUGGCCAGCAAUGAGUUUGUUGGCGGCAUACGAUUCUCCUUGGGCACCGGUCGCAGCUAUGGUCGGCAGGUGGAAUGGAUGGAUGCCACCGGAAAGGAGCUCUCCCUGUGGCAGAACAUGUUGGAUCGACCGAACUUCUGGGUGGAGGGCAGCUUGGUGCUGCGUUCCAGUUUGGAUGGCAUUCGAGCCAAUUUGCCAUAGGCCGGUAUAGUUUAGGACCAGGACAAACCACAAAAUCGCAGUUAGAAUUGCCAAUGGCAUUCUGCAUUGCAUUGUAUUGUAUUAAUUAUGCGAUAAUUAUCAAUUAACGAUCACGUCGACUCUGAGAAGCAUUACUAGCGGUAUAAGAAAAGAAACGAUUGCAACCUUCACAAUUUAGUGUUAAGAGUGUGGAAUGAUGAAUACUGUAUUUCUGAAUACUCGAAUACGUCGGAAAAUGACGCGAUGACGCUGCAAGUACCGCAGACACGGAAGAGCAAAAAACAAAGUAAUCAAGGCAAGAGAAACUAAGCAAAAAACCUUAUCAAGUUUAUGGCACUAAUUGUAAGCGCAGUUCUCAGCUAUUCGAUGGAGAUAAAAGUUUAAAAACUAUAAAGCGAAACGAUGAGGUCUCAAGGUUGGACCGUCUAUAUAUUAAGACAGUUUGUAUGUGUGUGUUUUUUUCCACCUCUCCCCUACGAGAGGCAAUCGCAAUUGGCAUACUAUAUGCGCUAAACUACGAUAAAACUACAGAUAAACACUACAGUUAAAACCUAGUUAAAACGAGGCAUAAGCUUACUAUGUAUAACUAUCCAUAAUACCCGAGAAAUACAAAUAACAUUUUUGUAAAUUCAA